CGUGACGAAACAAACACUUCCUUUUCCUUUGAGACUCUGAAACCCAUUGAAACACGUUUUGGUUGAUUAUUGCGGCACUUGUGGUGAAUCUGUUCAGACAUUCAUUGAAUACUUUGGUCGAGUGUUGCACUCAUCCACACCACAAUGCCUCCCAAGUUUGAUCCCUCGGAAGUCAAAAUUGUGUAUUUGCGAGCCGUCGGCGGCGAAGUGGGCGCCACGUCCUCAUUGGCCCCGAAGAUCGGGCCCUUAGGGUUGUCGCCCAAGAAAGUGGGCGAUGACAUCGCAAAGGCCACGCAGGACUGGAAGGGCCUCAAGAUCACAGUGCGGCUCACCAUUCAGAACCGUCAGGCGGCCAUCGAUGUGGUGCCGUCGGCCGCGUCCCUCAUCAUCAAAGCCCUGAAAGAGC